UAAGUGUUGCUAUUUUAGCAUCGGCAGCACCGAGCUACAUCACACAGUUGACUGGCCAUAACGACGUCAUUCCAACAUGGCGGCGCACAUAGCACGACGUUGUUAUUUACUUUGUCGUAGUGCAGUAAACGUGAUGCCACAGCGAGUACAACUAACAAGAGACAUUAACAACACGUUACAGCAGAGUGUUGGUUACGGGACCCGAGGGACAGACAGCACACAGGACGUCCAAGUACACAUUCCAGUGGACCGCCUGACGGUAUCUUACAGCAGAAGCGGUGGUCCUGGUGGUCAGCAUGUCAAUAAAGUCAACACAAAAGCAGAGGUCCGCUUCCAUGUGCAAACAGCAGACUGGAUCCCAGAAGAUGUCCGACAGAAUAUCUUUGAAAAGAACAGAAACCGCAUCAAUAAGGCCGGGGAGCUGCUGGUGACCUCAGAGCUGAGCAGGAGUCAGCACAGAAACCUGUCUGAUUGUAUACAGAAGAUUUCAGCCAUCAUAGCUGAGGCCAGCGAGAAGCCACGGGAACCAACAGCAGAGGACAUAGCUCUUAGGGCAGCCAGGUUAGAUAAGGGGAACAAGGAGCGACUCAAACAGAAGAAGAUCCAUUCAGCUACAAAGACGAGCAGACGAGUGGAUUUUGACUGAUUGACUGUUAUGUUUCUACCUCCCAUGAUUGUUUUGUACAUAUGAUUUAUAUGUCCAGUCUUAAUUAUUUUGUCUUGAAUUUUCUGUACAAUAAAAGUAAGUAGCAACAUUUUUCUUAUUAAAUAUAAUGUUUUAAAGUAAACUA